AUGUCUUACCUACGCUACCUCGAUCGGCGGCCGGGGCAGAUCCACACGCCGGGGCGAGAGGUCGAACUUCCCUCCUUUGUCGGCAGCCUCCACGCCGUGGACCUCGACGCCACCGAGCCCCAGGGCGCCGACCAGGAGCCGGCUGCAGUGGCCAUGGACAGACCCGACUGGAUGUUCCCGCCGGGGGAUGACCUCGAUGCACCCAUCUAUGCCUGUCAGAACGGCACUGUCUUCCAAGUGCACACGGAAGCAGCUGGCAGUAUGCCUGGAGGUGGAAAUGUCCUUGUUCUAGAGCAUUCUCUAGCAUCGACGGCGAAAUUCCAUGACAGAGUGAUCAACAAGUACUACUCCUAUUACUUGCACCUGAACUCUAUUGCGGCACUCUCUGAAGGAGAUGUGGUAAGCAAGGGUACAGCGAUCGGCACGAUGGGGCAGACAGGCGAAACCUCCUUCACCCACCUGCACUUCGAAACACGCCUGGUGGGCUACUGCUCCUAUCAGUUUCAAUAUGCGAACAAUCGUCAACCCUCUCCAACAUCCAGUUGCAACACCGGCUUUGAUCCUCAUGUCCACCCAUACUUGUUUGUUGGCGGGGUCGCGAGUGGUCCGAAGUAUCUCUAUGAAGUUGAGCCGAUGGAAGGCUUUGAGUAUGCAGUGCGCUACAACGCCACGCGCGGCCACAUGGACAUGGACGUUAUACGAACGAGUCUAGGAGACGUUCACAUCGGGACCAGGCACAAUGUCAAUAUCAACACAGUCGAGACCCUCGAUGAUCUCCACAACAUAACCCCGUGGAUGGCUUUACGUCCGGGGUAUUUCGUGUCUACUACAGAGGACACCUAUACUUACGAGCUUCACUUUAGGUCUGCACCUACCUUCGUGGAGGUCUACGACAUCUAUGGGAACGGAAUUCGAGCAAGUAUGGCGGCUGAAGCCAGCUCCCACACGUCAACUACGGCCACGGAAGCCCCUAACGAGGCGGCAGAGGGGACCGCCUCCGCUGGUGAAGCUCGCCGCGGCAGUUGGCUUGCCUUCUUCCUUGUCGUGGGACUGUCCUAUUACCCUAAGGCUCCAAAGUAG